AUGCCGAAUGAAACUGGUGGAGCCGACGACCAAUCGGUCGAGAUACGACUCGAUGAGCAUAUUCCGCCGGUUCAGGCUGUGACAGUCACACGGAAAAAGAAACGAGCACCCAAACCAAGACCAAUAUUUCCGCCACAAAGACCGGUGAAAGGAACGCUAGGGCAUUCCACUCGGCAACUGUUGAAUGAGAAAGCGGCUGAAAUGUACAGUGAUGACGAAUCCGUGUACUUGAGUGACAAAAAUGAAGAGGUAGUGGAUCCCGACGAACCAAUUGGAAAAAGUGAUGAUGCUCCAGCACCUGUGAUAACAGCUUCCUCUGAUGCACUUCAGUCGUCUAAUGACAAGAGGGAAGAGUACGCAAAAUCCCAAUCAUCUCCUCCACCUCUACCGAAAAAUCAAUCAAAUAGUGGAAACGACCACCAAGUUCUUGCUGGAUUGCCGACGCUAGGCAGCCGUGGGAGUCCUGGGAUCGAGUCUGCGCCUCGUGCACCGUUAGAAGCUAUAACUGUGCCGUCAAAACAACCAAAAUCUCGUUCAGCGGACGACGGUUAUGAAGUUGCCACCGACGCUGGUUUGACCCCUGCUGGCUUGGCUUCUCUGGGUGCGACGGAAGAUAUCGAGUCAACAAACGCAACGAAUGACAAAGGAGAUGCCGUGGGUGAAGUUGCUAGUGAGCCAUCAAAGAAACGAAAACGACUGCUGAUCUGUAUCGUCCUCCUGUUGGUUUUGAUUGUCGCCAUUGUGGUUGGUGUAGUAGCUUCUGGUGGCGAUUCUGAUGACGGAGAGAGUUCAAGUAUCGCAAAGUCACCUAACGACGACGGACCCACAGCAGCCGUUACCAAUUUGCCAUCUUUUUCACCGACUGCUUCACUAUCUACGUCACCGUCAACUUCACCAUCAUCAGUGCCAUCUACACGGCCAACUUUGCUCCCGACUCUAUCUGCAAGCCCAACAGCAACACCUGUUCCUACUUUCAACCCAUCUUCGAGUCCAAGUUCUUUUCCAUCAACGCUUGACCCCAGUACCAACCCAUCUUCGAGUCCAAGCUUCACUCCAUCAAUGCUUGACCCCAGUGCCAAUCCAUCGUCGAGUCCAACCUUCUUUCCAUCAACGUCGGUUCCCAGUGUUACUCCAACUAUAGUUCGGUCAGUUGGUCCCACUGCGCUACCAUCAUCAGCUCCCAGCGCUACUUUCACCAUACCACCUACAUUGGUUCCAAGUCCUGUUCCAACCGUGCCACCAACAUCUGCUUCCAGUAGUACUCCAAGUAUAGCGGCAUCUGAACGCCCCACUAGGACACCAACAAUUGCUCCCAGCGCCAGUCCAUCUGGGACACCAACAGUUGCUCCCAGCGCCAAUCCCACUGGAGAUUUAACGCGAGCCCCCACCACCUCGACGGAACAAGUUUGGAUCAACAAUCUGUUACCCUUUUUCGGAGAUAGCUUCCCCUCAACUCAACUGCAAAGAACCGUAUUGAAUCAACUUGCUCAAACGGACAACUGGGCACCAAAUGACACUUCGGACAGUCGCCUUUGGAUGGAACGGUUUGUCUUGUCGGUGUUUUAUGAAUCAUGCGGAGGCAGCGGGUGGAAUUUGAGCAGUGGGUGGAGAAAUCGCAACCUUAGUUCUUGUAACUGGUUUGGUGUCAGUUGCGAUUCCUCCAACCGGGUUGUCAGUCUCUUGUCGCAAUUCAACGGCCUGUCAAAUUCGUUGCCAUCUGAAAUUGGUUUGCUGGGUGAACUCACACGCCUUGGAUUACAAACAAAUCGAUUACAAGGAAACAUACCUACUGAAAUCGGAAGACUGACAAAGUUGGCAUCGCUGGAUUUACGCAAUAACCGAUUAGAAGGAAGAGUACCUGCCGCAGUAGAGAACCUUGCAGUCUCUAGUGGUACAUCAAUCUUACUUGGUGGGAAUCAGCUGGUCUGCACAAACAGCAUCUCAAACCUAGACUGUUGA